GGUCUGCACUGUAUAUAAAAUCUAAAUGGAGGCGACUACCGACCCCAGCUUGAGUCAUGUCCUAGACAGAACAUGGUUAUGUCUCUGGUUCCUUUUAGGACUUCACGUGCGCUGAGACGGGAUUUCUGGCGUGCUCCGGUGUCACUGGAGUCUGUCUGGCCAGACUCAGAGCUUUGUGCACAGCACCAUCUCUGGGCGACGGAAGCAGAAGUCCUUAGUGGCCCCAGCUGCGCGGCCGGCUUUGUGUCAGACACCAAAUGUAAGCUUAAACCCGUCGCGGCAGACAUGAAGACAGAGAGAAGAUGCGCCCAAACGCUGGCAGCGAGCGGGCAGGUGAUAGAUCUGCUCCAAAAAGACGAGCAAGACAUCCUGAAAACGCAGGACGAAACCAGAUAUGUUGAUUUGGAGUACGAGGACGAGAGGGUCUGUCGUUUUGGUCAGAGGAACCAAGUGUCUGUCAUUGUUAAAAAUAGUGGAUUUGAAGCUGUUUGCGCGUCGGAGCUGAACUCUGACCUGAAGGAGAUGCACACCAAGGAGGGAGAAAGCACCAGAGGUGAGAAAUGCGUGAAAGAUUUAAGAAAUAUCCCCUCUCCGUCAUCCUCACCUCACCUGAAAAAAAAUGAGACUAGCCUACAAAUAGGAGAAAAUAGUGGUGAGAGCGCAGUUACACACACCAAUGUGUCCAAAGGCAUGGACAGCAAGGCAGAGUGCGAGGAGGAAUCCCAUAGCACCAACAGCAAUCUGAGUGGGAGAAGCGAGUGUGAGGACUGUGAGGAGGCGGAUAAUGUCAGCCUGGUGCUCUCUGAUGAAUCUGCUCCGUGCUUAACCGAGGACCAUUAUAUUACCACGCACGAGAUUCAGCUCUCGGAGUUCUCUGACCAUGAAGGGGACUACGACCUGGGCAUGGGCUCCUCCACUAGCUGGGACAUUGAAGAUGAGAGCCAGGUGUACCCAUUCGUAGGCUAUUCCUUUGCAGGUGAGAGGGGGGCCUGUGGGGUGCCCUGCUCUGAGGGUGCCACGGUAGUAGCAGCAGCGGUCAGCACUCUGCUUGAAAGUGAUCUGAGCGACACGGCCAAGUUCUGUGUCUCAGAUGAGCCCGAACAGAAGCAGGGCGAAGGACAGAUCCACCUGUCAAUCAGAACCACAUCCCGAGCUAUAAAUGACCCCGGCAGCAUCCAAGAGGAGGAAAAUAUCCUUUAUCAUGCCAGGCGCUCCGGAGACAUGAGCCGCUAUGUGUUUAGGGGAGUGGAUGGGAAGGCAGAGACCUUUUGUGACAGGGCGAAGUGUUUCAUAGCCGCGCCUGGACGCCCGCACUUUGGCGGCAGAUUGAGGGGGAAAGAGGUCACCGAGUAUUCCAGCGGCACGUCCAGCGCUGUCAGCGAGCUGGACGACGCUGACAAGGAGGUGCGCAACCUCACAGCCAAAGCCUUCAAGAGCUUGGCCUACCCUUACUUUGAAGCCAUCAAUUUCAGCACCUCCAGUGAGUCCUCUGCAUCAGAGCAUGGCCGGAGGAAAAACAGGUGGUCCACGUUUCUGGAUCUGAAAUAUGGCAACGUGAACAUGUCUCAGGGGCUGGACCAAAGUGUGAUUUCCUGUCAAAAUCCUGCUGUCUCAUAUGAAAUAGGCAAAAACAGCGACAACAGAGGUUAUAAGGGCACCAUUCAGCCCACAAGUAAUAUCUUUUCUCUGAAAGCCAACCCCCGCAGCGCCUCGUCAUCAAAGCAGAUCCAGCUGAUGGGAAAGUUUGGGCAGGGCCACAGCGGAGUGAUCAGACUCACAGAGACACUGAAUUUUCGUUGCAAUGUCAAAUCGGGAAUGUCUGGGGAAGAAAGGCGCACCAACUUUGCACAAAACGCUGGGGGAUCACGUUCCACGGAUGAGGUUACCAAGAGCCUGCAAAGCAGCCAGCAGAGUGGGGCCAGCAAGCUGCCCUCUAAAACCAUGGAAGAUACUCAUAAGAAAACCAUAUUCGCUUCCAGUUUGUUAAAAAAUGUUCUUUCUAAGAAGAUGCAGUUUGAGCAGGAGCGCAGGAUGGAGAGGGGGGAGAUCAGCGAGCCGCACCAGGCGCCGUCUCCGGGCUUUGCGCUGCAGGAGAGCUACAAUAAGUGGAAGGGGAGCAGGGAGCUGGAGAGGCAGAGCUCCAAGUUCUCUGAGAGCGGCUCAGACUAUGCCAUAAUGUGCGUGGAUGACUUAGGGGACUUUGUGGACAGCGGCUCGUGUGAUAGUAAGAGGCAAGACGCGUGUGCUCCUACAACAGAAACUAAUUUAAACUCGACCAAUGAAGCUGGGAUUGAUACUAAAAAAGGCGCCUUGCGUCGCAGCCAAAAUAGCGCGUUCAGAUGCUGGAAGGACGAGGAGCUAGAGUUUCAAAAGGAUCAUAAAAACCAUCAAACUCUGCUGGACAAGCUGCCUCCACUUGAUGACAAAGAGAGUGAGUGGGAUCCGUUCUCCGCAGGCUGCGAUAAACUGACUAAAAUGUCUCAUUUGUUUGUGCCAAAUAUCCAACUGCUGCCCAGUGAUAGAGAGGUGCGACCGCAGCUGCAGAGAGGAGCUUAUUCCUGGAAUGGGAGCAACACUUUAUACAUCACAGACUCCAAGAGCUCAAAAUCAUCCAAAUCACCGGAAAUUAAAAUCAACCUGAGAAGCGUUAGAGACAAUAAAACGGAAGAGUUUGGAGGCUCCAAGCUGCGCGCCUUGAAUAUUACCGCUAGCCCAUCGAGUCUGAUCAGAACAGAGGACUUCAAAUGCCAAGCCCUGGCUGCGGCUCUGAAGGGUGAGUCCUCAGAUAAAGUUCCGCACUUUAUGGUUCGAGACAUCAGAGAUAAUAAAGGGAAGUUACAAACUCCUAUUCACCAAGUCAGAGAUGUACGUAAGCUUGUUAAAAGUUCCUACCACUUUGUUUCCUUGGAUAAGAAUGAAAAUAAAUCAAACUCAUUUAGCUCUGAAAUUCCUUCAGAGCAAAAAAAGCAGAUGCAAAACAAUAAUGCUAACUGUGUGUCCCCCAUGGUAAUAAAAUGUCAGUCUGUAAAUACUAACAAUGCAGAAAAACCUACCGGAAACCUUAAACAGGAGCAGUCUGACACACGCAGAUCGUCUCUAGAGGGCGUUAAAAGUGCUCCACUCCAGAAGGCAUCAGGGAGAGCAGCAAAUAUCUCAAACAGCUCAGAAGGAAGCACUGGGAUGAGCAAUGGGGGCAAAACAGGUGCAACAAGGCAAGAAACAGCGUCAGAGAUGGCAGAAAAUAAAUUGGAGUCAAAAGUGGCAAAUCAGGUGGCUUUGGAGAAACUCCAGGCCGCGGUAAAAACCAUGGAGCAACUUUAUGUGUUUGAUAAAAAUGAGUGGAGGAGAAAGUGUGAGCCUGAUCAUCUGACGGACAGCCAUGUGCUGUCACUGAUAGCCAAUGAAGAGCAGCAAGAGUCUGAGGAAAGAGGAGGGAGAGGGUUCAAUACAGACAAAGCAGUCAGAAUAGAUUCCUACCCAAAUAUAGACAAGACCCCCCCGGCAUUAUCGGUGCCCUCCAGCACUGACAGCUCCCUAAGGUGGCUAGAUAAAGACCUACUUAAAGUGAUUCAGUCAUCCAACAGGCAUGAUGAAAGGUUGGUCACAAAGACAGUCCAAACAGUUGGCACCUUAGGGAGCAAGAACAUGUCCAGCUUUAGUUCCAAACCCAAGGCCUACACAGCUGCUGAUGUUCCUCAAUCAAACACUGCCCCACACACACCUUUCAGUGGCAAAAGAUUUGCACCAAAGUCUCCUAAAUUGCCUGUGUCAUUCAAAACCAGUCAGACAGGAGUUAGUGGGAAGGAAGAUGCUGAACAGAGGGGAGUGGACCGAUUUGAGCAUCAAUUUUCAGGUGCAUCGGUUGACAAUGAGAACUACCUAACCAUCCCGGUCAAAUUUCAGCCCAACAACAGUAAAAUGGCAGCAUCUGCAGAUAAAACAUCAAUAAAGACUCUUCACCAUCAGUCACUGCCAACCCCUAAUGCAGUACAUGAAGAUUAUGCUUCUAGAGUCCAGGAUGGCCACAGUCAGAGGACAAAAUGCUCCAGUAUUGUAAUGGAGACCCAUUCACCAGAGAUCCCCUCUGCUACUAUUUAUCACUCCCUGCCAAUGGCUGUGUCUGCCAAUCAGCCACAAAUGUAUUGUUUUUCCCCAGCAAUCACUCCAGCCCCCACCCUGGACCCCUUUCAGGGGACACAGAGGAAAAUGCUGCUGGAUCCCACCACUGGGAACUACUACCUGGUGGACACGCUGGUGUCCCCAGCCACAAAGCGUCUUUUUGACCCAGAAACGGGCCAGUACAUGGAUGUACCCAUGCCACAGCCUCCAAUGACACCAGUACCAAUGCCUAUCUCGCCGCUAGCGCUCAGUCCUGGAGCAUAUGGUCAUACCUACAUGAUCUAUCCAGGCUUUAUGCCAACCCCUUCAGUGAUACCUGCUCGAACGCUGGUACAGUCACAGAUGUCCAUGCCAUCAGAGGUAGAGGGCAUGGAGAAGUCUUCCUCACAGCAGACUGAAGGAAUGUACAUGGAGAGUCCUUUCUAUAUGGCAACUGGGAAGCCUCCCCAGACAGCUUCAGGGGCCCAACAGCAUGGUGCCCCCAAUAGGCCACAGCAUGGAUGUUCCAGCAUGAACCAGCCAGUCAUCAACAUCACCUCCCAGCAAGGGCCAAGGAUCAUUGCCCCACCCUCGUUUGAUGGGACCACCAUGAGUUUUGUGUUAGAGCACAGAUGAGUCGCUAAGCUGGACAGGGGCCCUUGAUGAUCCAGGUUCCAGUGUGAGGUCCAGAUGGAGAGUUCUGUGGAGGUAGAUGGAAGAGGCUGAGGUGGAGGCCGGACAGAUAAGUUCUUGAGAGUAGAGGUGAGGAGCAAUCUGAGUGCCAGUGUGAAUCCAGGAACUUGUCAAUGAUUCUUCAUCAAAGGCGGAGAGGGACUCAGUCAACCAAUGGGUAAAAUCUGCGGCGUCACGAGGGGGAAACCAGAAGGCCAGGAACUCUGGCUACACAGUGGGUAAAAUCUAAGGUUCCAUGAGGAAACACCUGAGAGAGAGGCAACAGGGAAAACCUUUUUGAAACAAUCUCAGAGAAACUUCAAAGAGCAGACUCAGAGGGGCACCGAGUACCAUAACUGGCAAACACUCAGGCAUUGAAGUGCUGGCAGUCCAUUCCUCAUAUACUCCUAGGUGAUUGAUCACAGGUGUACUGACUUGGUCAGCAGGCACGCCUUCCAGGUAGUGCAGCCUCGAGGCACCAUCUAGUGGAUGAUGAGGGAAGCAGCAGACAAACAGAAAAUCCCCACAAACAGCCAAAACCCCAGUUCCCAACAGUACACCCCACCCACCACUUGGCAGCCCAGAAGAAUGGUAGUUGGUGAUAAGUGAAGGGUCAAGAAUAAAUGAUCCAGGGACCCCAGGAACUUGUCACUGACUCUUCAUCAAAGGCGGAGAGAGACUUGGCAACCAGUGGGUAAAAUCCACGGCAUCAUGAGGGGGAAACCAGAAGGCCAGGAACUUGGGCUACACAGUGGGUAAAAUCCAAGGCGCCAUGAGGAAGCACCUGAGAGAGAGGCGACAGGGAAAAAUUACUUGAAACAAUCUCAGAGAAACUUCAAAGAGCAGACUCAGAGGGGUUUUAAGUACCAUAACUGGUAAACAUUCAGAUGUCUAAGUGCUGGCAGUCCGUUCUUCAUAUACUCCUGGGUGAUGAGGUGAUUGAUCACAGGUGUACUGACUCAGUCAGCAAUCACGCCCUCCAAGUAGUGCAGCCACUAGGCACUGGACAGGAAAGUCCUUCACAUUUUCCCUAAUUUUUGCCUCUGGAAGAACUGGAAACUACAGUUCACCUUAACUAUUUAUUAAGGUAGCAAUUAGGUAAUAAAAAGGCAAAUUGUCCUGCCCUUAUGGACAGGGUCUUUUAGUCCAUAAAAGACCCUGAGGGACAUGGAUGUUUUUUUUUAACUUAGUUUCUUUCUUUAUUUUGGAAAAAUAAUAAAUCUAUGCAUAAAAAGAACUAAGUCAGCCACCUCAGUGGAUGAACAGGGAAGCAGCAAACAGAAAAUCCCCACAAAGAGCCAAACCCCCAGUUUCCAACAAAAAUGUGUACAAAUCCUCAUUACGUUUGCAGGUUUCUGUAAUGUACAAAAAUUAAGACACCAAUAAAUAAUGUCAGAGCUUUUCCCAUCUCUAGAAUGACAUUAAUCCUGUAUUAUUUGACUAGACACACUUGCCAGAAUGGAAAAUGUAAAGGAACAUAGAAAGAUGCUAUGAUCUGGUUGCAGAAAUCUGCACAUCUUUAAACUAUGUUAUUGAACCACCAAGGGAUUUAUGUUCUUGAUUAAAGUCUUCAAUCAGGCUCAACAAUCAAGAUUAACCAUGAAAACAAAAAAAUAUUACAUUGAAUCUGAGAAAGUAUUUCUGGAGGGAGCUAAAGAUUAGGAUAACCCUAAUCUUUGCUUAAGAUCCUACAGAUCUUUAAUAAGAUCAGGUACAUGAGGAAACAUGCAGAAAGAUUUAACAACUGUAAUGCCAUCAAAGUUUUUCCAUACAUUUUUGAGUAAUAAAUAAAUAAUUAAAUACUUCUGACAUUUUGAUUUUUUGUUUCUAUUUAGCUGAAGAAAGUUAUGCCACAUAAUAUUCACUAUAUUGAAAAUACAGUGAAUAUUGCCAUGAUGCUACAUGGUAAAAAAAAAAAAAAGCAACAAAAAAAAACAAAACACCUUAUAGAUGGAAAAUACAGGCACACAAGAAAAACACUGAUAUCCAAACUGGUUAGCAAAGACAUAUAAAUUGGCAUGUCCACUAACAUCUUUGGUUAGAAAUUAUACACUGUGUUUAUAGCAUAUAAAAAAUAUUUACAUAAAAUGCACAAGACAUAAAAGGAAAAGGAGAAAAGUAGUUCAUUCUUCUUAGAAGAAGUUAUUUUUUAGGAAAAUUGAAGGCGUCCACUGAGGCUUAGGCUUGGUGUGAAAGUUAAAAACGAGUAGUCAUCUCUUCUAAGAUGGUGACAACAUCCAGCAACCAAACAGAAAAAUGCAAUAAAAACUAUGUUCUGUAUCCAUUUUAUUUUUUAGUUCUGUGUAAAGGGAUGCUUGCAAUUAAUUAUAUUCAUUUUUUAUUAUUUUAUUUUUAAUCAUCUGGCAAGAACAUAUAAUUGAUUACAGGAAUAACAGUAAAUGUGUCUUAUUUUUAUUUUGCUGCAAAAUAAAAAUAAAAUAAGAAAAUUAACAAAAUACAACAACAACAACAACUAUUAUUAUUAUUAUUAUUAUUAUUAUUAUUAUUAUACAGCUGAAAGAAGUAUGAAAACUCAAGAGACCAAGACAAUAUAACUUAAAUAUGUGGAUAACAUGCAUUCAAGCAUGCACAUGAGUAUAUGUACACAUACUGAAUUAGAACAUGGAUAUUUAAAACUACAGAAGUAGACAAUCACUGUCAGUGGUUAGAACUACAAAGAAUUACUGAAGCUGCCGGGCUGGGGAUACAGGCAUAUACACAGAAAGGUUAGUUUCUAUGCGAUUUUCAAGUUUGAGGGAGGGCAUCUAGUCUCUCAAAAUAGGAUAGUAGAGGGGCACAAGUUUUAUGAAAUUUUUGGAUCUAAUGUAAAAUUUGAUCAUCUCUAACUUAAAGAACAGAGCCAGGUCUUUCAACCAAAGAGAAGCUGUGGGUGGGUGUUCUGAUAUCCACGCUAAUAAGAUUCAUCUUCGGGCAAGGAGAGUUGAAAAAGCCAGCAUAUUUUUAAAAUCACUUGCUACUGAUUCUCCCCUGGUACUCCAAAUAUUGCCAAUUCAGCACUGGGUUGAGUUGACUGUCUAUUCCAAAAGCUUCAGAUAGGGUCUGAAAUAUCAUAAACUGGAGGUUGCACAGUUUGUUACAGGACCAGAACAUGAAAGUUAAAUUUGCCUUACAGUUACGCUGACUGUAGAAUAUAUCCUUGAGAAUCUGGCUCUACUAUAAUGAAUUCUAUGAAGAAUGUUGGACUGAAUUAGUCCAGGUUGAGCACAUGAAGUUGACCCAUUUACUCUACGCAAUGCAUGAUACCAGGUCUCAUCAGAGAUGUUUAUUCCAAGUUCUUCUCACCAUUCUGCUCUGAUCUUAUUGAGAGUUACUGUAUUGAGUACAGUAUGCUGUUAUAGAUUUUUGAGAUGAGUCCUCUACCUUGUGUGGGAGUUUACAAAAUGAUGUCCACUCCACCCUUUGGAGGUAAAUUGGAAAAAUGAGGACUUGUGUUAGGAACAAAAUCUUGACUGGAGAUAGCGGAAUGGGGUGGAACGCUAAUUAUAUUAAUUUCUUAGCUCUAUAAUACAUGAUAAGUGAAACAGCCACAGUGCAGUUGUAAAGUUUGCAGCCUAACAUGUCUUUGUACCUUAAAGAUGUGUUUAUAUGGAAAUUAUCUGAAUAUUAUAUCAACAUUAACAUACAAUAUUCAUCGACAGGAAUGUUGCAUGUUUGUGCAGGAGGAAAGGUUCAGGUGAAGGCAAGCAUCUGUUAUCUGUGUGACCUGAAGAGCCUCAGCUGCUGCUGGACAUCAGGAUUCUGAAUGGCAGCUAGGAGCUGCAGCAGUAUGAGCUGGUUUUUUAUAGGAGCAGUCAUUUAAAGACAGAGAGGGCGAGAAGUCGGCUUCAUUACAUAAACACAGUAUGCAACGCAACAGUCAAAUAACCUUGUUUGCGCUCUGCGGGAAUAUUUGGAGUUUUCCUUCUUGUUUGACAAUGAGACCCACAGAAUGGAGGGCUCAAUUAUGUUUAUAAAAUAAAAUGGUAGUCAAAUACUCUGUAUAGGGUGGAAAAGGUUGCAGUAAGCAGAAGGGUGCUUAUUGUCAUGAUGACACUCUUGUCCUCAUUGACUUACAUGUAAAGAUUAUAAGGGUAAUUAGAAUUCAUGGGGUGAAAAUGUCCUCUGGUGGAAAGGUGGUAUGCUGUAAAGAUUACCUUCAGACUUCUUGUUGGGAGGGGCCUCUGACUAAACCCAAAAUUAUACAUAAUGCAGGCAGAUUUAUCUUUUCGGGUGUUUUCAGAUCUUUGAUUGGGCACCAAAACUGCAAUAUUAGUUCUAUUUCCAGCUGGUGCUGCUCACUUUCACUCUGCACUGUAUAAAACGAACGUAACCCUUUAAAAACCUGUUCCUGGCAAUUUUCGUUAACCUUCGUAGCAUUGAGCAGGUGUAUUACAUAUGUCACAGACAAACGUUAGCUAUUGGGUAACAUUUAAAACUUCAACAGAGUCCAUACCUCCAGAAAGAAAUUGUUUCUUAGUAGUCAAGGGUCCAAAAGACCCCCUGGACAAUGUAAUGUGUAGAAGAAGGAGCUGGUUUUUACCAAGUUAAGUUGAUGGGCUAAACAUAGUGGUCAGUCCAUGUAAGGGCUGACAAAAAUGUACUCAUACCUCCCACCUAGGAUCACAUUAGAUUGCUCGGUUAUAUUUAGAUGUCUCAGGAAUGCAAACUCCACUCACUGUAGGUUCCCGUGGGGGUUAAACCAGGUACUUGUAGGUGAAAGGCAGCAUUGUUCACUCAACAAUGGCUUGUCACCAGCAUCAAAGAGAAGUCUUUUAACUUUAUAAUGUCCAAUAACAUUUUCCCUGAAAAAUAAAUUAAUCCUGGUAAAUAAUUUUUUUUCAGCAUUGUGUAUGCAAUAGUAAAAUAUACUAAUAGAGAGAUAAAACAUUGACUGUUUAUGUUGAUUUUAAGUCCAGUUCUUUGGUCAGUGUGUGAGUGUUGUACAUCAUUAUAACAAUUACUGUAAAUGCAACAGGCUGAGUGGAGACUAGGGGUUCAUCUGAUCUUACUGUGUUCAUAAGAACUUUCUCUCCUCUGUUUUUCUCCCCUGUAGGACUGGAGCUUUCGUGAUCAUUGACCACCUCUCGGUUUAUCCUCUUCAUUGUUUUACACUGAUGUUAAGUCUGCUGAUCAAUGUAGUUGUUCAGGUAUUCUAUCUAACUGCUGCUGAUUUAAAAAAAAACUUUCUACAAGAUUGUAAUUCAUGCUUUUUUACACCACUGCUAAACCAAGAAUCAAUUCCUUUGAAGGGAUUAUUUACCCACUCCUGAAACUAAAUAGAGUUUGAUUUGGAAAAUUUUUAUUUUCCAAAUCAAAAUAAAGAUUGAUUUAUCUAGUUUCUUCUCAUUUUAAAAUGAAAAGAAACUACUUGUUUUGAAGACAUUUACACAUCUUUAUACAGUUAUGAAUCCAAGAACCUGUUCCCUGUUAGAUUUUAUUGAAUUUAUCGAAGGGUUUUUACAACCUUAAUUGUCAUGAUGACUUCUUCUGUGUUGGUGCUUUAUGAUGCACACAAAUCAGUGUUGAUUCAAAGCACUUUAUGUGCAUAAUUUACAUUAUUGCGCAUUUUUUAAAAGUUAAGGUUGGAAAAAAAUGUAAUGUGACAUGUUGUCUUUUGUUUGUACUGGUUUCUUUGAGAAUGUGGAGCUGCUGGACAGUCCUUGUUAAUACAUGUCAGGCAUCAUUGUUAUUCCAGAUUAUUCUUUUAGAAUGAAUGGUAUGAGUAACUGACAGAGAUGAAUGCAUUUGUUAUGAGAGAGCAUAACACUGAAUUAUAUUUCACUCCCAUUUUUAGAAAUGUCAUCUUGCCAUUUGUUUUUUUGUGUCUUUUAGGGGAAGUGUCCUCUAUUUAUACUUUGUACAUAGUUUUUUUUUCCAAAGUAAGCCUGAUAGUGGCACACUUUUUAAAGUCUUACACUAAGAUUCUGCCAUAAACUUUCUGAAGAUAGUAGGACUUUCAGGGGUAAGUGGAAGUAGGGUUUGCAAGACAAGAAAAUGAAUGGUUGAAACUUUGUGAGGGAUGUAUGGGUGAAGAGUGGAGGGACUUUGUAGAAGUAUGGCAAAAAGCUGGACUUGAUAUGUUAUGUUUUCACUUUGUUCAACUGAUUUUUUGUUUUGUUUUGUUUUUCUGCAUAAAAAAUGACUUCACAAAGUUAGGUCUUGACUUUGCAAAUGUGAAGAUGGUAUAUGUUGAAAUACAUAAUUAAAACAGUACUUUGGAA